CCAAAUCCCACGCGGCGCACACACCUACCAACUGGUCUGAUCAAUUGUUUGCCAUAUUGGAUUCAUCUCCAUAUUCAAUUGGACAUUCCACGUUUCCUUUCUUUCCCUUUCGAUUUUCUCCCAGAUCAAACCUCCUCUUCAUCGCUGAAAACUGAAAAUCAUGGAACUAUCCUUCUCCAACCAUUCAAUCUCUCAUUUCAUUCCCAUUCCUUACUUUCUGUAAUCUCUCUCUUCAUUCCUAAAUUUCUAGCUGUGAGGCCAUAGGUGUUACUGUUGUUACUGCUGCUGCUUCUCUUCCUUCCUAUGGCCUCCGAUUCCGAUUCCGAUUCCGGUUCCCAUUCUGAUUCCGCUUACGAUUCCGCCGCUGACCAUAAUCUUAACUCAAACCCUAGUACUCCUGUUAAUCACAAUAUCAACCAUGAAACCCCCAUUGAUGAUCACCUGAGCUUACUCACAUUCACUCCGCUUAACGACGGCAUUUCCGAUCAUCACCAUGAACCGUCGUCUUUAAUUUCAUCAAAUUCUGCAGAUGCGAAUUCAGUUCCUGAUGAAAUAAUUGAAGAAAGUGAUCGAACUCCCUUGCCGGUAAUUCAGGUUGAGUCAGACGAGAGAGAAAGUAAUUGCAAUAACGUGAGCGCGAGUAAAGAGGUGGUGGAACCGGAAAGCCCUAGCAGUAGCGGAUAUGCUGGAGAGAGAGGAAGUAGUAGUGCUAGCACUGGGUCUGCAUCUGGAAUUGAGGAGGUUGAGAAGGAUAAUGAUGAUCAAGUUAGAGAAAAAGAUAGGGUUUUGGUUAAUGGUGUUGGAGAUUCUCAAUCUCAACAUGUUUGGGUUCCCGGCAAGCGGCAUGUUAAUGAGGAUGAUGCUUCUAUCUCAUGGAGGAAAAGGAAAAAGCACUUUUUCAUUCUCAGUCACUCUGGGAAACCUAUAUAUUCCAGGUAUGGCGAUGAGCAUAAACUUGCUGGAUUUUCGGCAACCUUGCAAGCUAUAAUUUCUUUUGUUGAAAAUGGGGGUGAUAGAGUCAAAUUGGUUCGGGCAGGAAAGCAUCAGGUGGUUUUUCUUGUAGAAGGACCAAUUUACUUGGUCUGUAUAAGUUGCACAGAGGAGCCUUAUGAUUCUUUAAUGGGACAGUUGAAGAUGCUCUAUGGUCAGAUGAUCCUUAUUUUGACGAAGUCUGUGAAUAGAUGUUUUGAAAAGAAUCCAAAGUUUGAUAUGACACCUUUGCUUGGUGGCACUGAUGCUGUUUUUUCCUCUCUCGUCCAUUCCUUUAGUUGGAACCCAGCUACUUUUCUACAUGCCUAUACGUGCCUACCUCUUGCUUAUCCAACAAGGCAAGCUGCAGGUUCUAUAUUGCAAGAUGUUGUUGAUUCAGGGGUCUUGUUUGCAAUAUUGAUGUGUAAACACAAGGUUGUCAGCUUUGUUGGGGCACAAAAGGCUUCUCUUCAUCCAGAUGAUAUGCUGCUAUUGUCAAACUUUGUUAUGUCAUCAGAGUCAUUCAGGACAUCGGAGUCUUUUUCACCAAUUUGCCUGCCAAAAUAUAAUCCAAUGGUGUUUCUAUAUGCAUAUGUCCAUUAUUUGGAUGUUAAUACAUACUUGAUUCUACUCACUACAAGCUCAGAUUCCUUUUAUCAUCUCAAAGAAUGCAGGUUAAGUAUUGAGGCUGUUUUUCAAAAAUCGAAUGUGCUCAGUGAGGUGCAACGAUCUAUGUUAGAAGGUGGGAUGCGUGUUGAUGAUUUGCCUGUGGAUCCGUCUUCUCGAGCUGGUUCGGCGUCUUCCCACUUAGGCCAACAUUCUCCAGAGAGACUUAGAGAUACAUACACCGGUGUUGGUGGUCCCUGUGGACUCUGGCAUUUUAUAUAUCGCAGUAUUUAUAUGGAUCAGUAUAUAUCUUCAGAGUUCUCAUCGCCAAUUAAUACAUCUCAACAGCAGAAAAGAUUGUAUAGAGCUUACCAAAAGAUCUACGCCUCAAUGCACGAUAAAGGAUUUGGUCCCCACAAGACCCAAUACCGACGAGAUGAGAAUUAUGUCCUACUUUGCUGGGUAACACCAGAUUUUGAGCUAUAUGCUGCAUUUGACCCCCUUGCUGACAAGGCUUUAGCAAUCAAGACCUGCAACCGCGUUUGUCAGUGGGUAAAAGAUGUAGAGAAUGAGAUAUUUUUGCUAGGAGCCAGCCCUUUCUCUUGGUGAAAUUUUUCACUCACCAGAUCUCCUAUCGGAGGUGAUUCACUCUACCAUACUUGAUUUCUAUACUGUGCUUCGUAAGCAUUGAAAUCAUAUGUAGAAGAGGGGUUAUGAAAUCGUUUUUGGACGUGUGAAGCUCACAUCCUCUAUUUUCUGUUUCAUUUGCCACCGUUCUGGUUGAUUUUGAAUAAAAUCCCAUAGCUUUUUAUUUGCCUUGCUUGCUUGUCUCGGCUGUUUGAGUAAAUAGUGCAAAGGUUAGCAUAGUUCAUUAACUAGUAGCAAGGGAUGUAUUAAUUGUAAUUUCGGUUUAUAGUCGUCUAGAUUUGAGAUCAAUAACACUAUGAAUUAGCUCAUGGAUUCUGAACUCUUUUCUGGCAGUCUGUUUUGCGUCACAAAUUUGAAAAUGGAUCCAAAAUGCGACUGAACCUUCAUUGUGCCUGCCCCCAAAAGGGUACCGGAAUUUAUACUGUGACCAUUAAAUUUUUGGAAUACUUGUAAUUGAAUGGAAUUUUGGAAUUAAUUAAGCUUAAUUUAAUAAACCUAUAUAUGAAAGAGCUUUCCAAAAACUAUUUUUUAGAAUAAGCGUCUCUUUGCUCAAGCUUGUGGUCAGAUCUUGUUCAUUGUUAGCAAGAGCGGACAAAAAGAAAAGCUGAUUAAAAAAUCAAGUAUAUAUUUUUCGUUAUUAGUAACAACUAUUAAGUCUUCGUUAUAAUUUUUUUAUAAAUUAAGAUUGUAAUUUCAAAAAGAUGUCAAGUUCUUUCAAGAAUGCUGAAAUUCAAAAGGGGGUUGGACUAAUGAUAAUCUAGGAAGAAGAUUUGUGGCAUUUUUUGACUAUGAUUGUGAAACAAACACAAGGAGCUGCAAGUUGUUCAGGUAAGUAGACAAUCCAAUGAUGAAAUGGCAAAAGGAUGUUAUUCUGAAGUUGAUGAAUGAAACAAUUCAUUUAUAAAAAGAAGUUGAACACUUUAAGAGGAAAAUGAACUUGACUCAUCCAAAGCUUUAGAAAACAACAAACAAACGAAUCAUGUAGAAGUUGACUUAUCCGCAACAUGUUUGAAGGUGUGCAAUAAUAUUGAAUUGUUGCAUAUCAUUUUGGUUUGGGUAAUAUCAUUCCUUAUUGGGGAAGUUGUCAAUAAUAAACCAAUUUUUGUUUGACCCGUUGAAAAUAAAUCACCAAUUGUUUAUUUUUAAAUAACACACCUA